AAAUCGCUUUAGUUGGUUUUCAGUUUGCGAAACACUUGAUUGUCUUCCAGACUUUGUGAUUUCCUUCAAAACAAAACAAAAAGACGCUAUUUGAUUGACAAGUGAAAUUUAAGUGAGAUUUAAAUAAAAAUGUCAUUCCUUGGAGCUGGAAAUACAUCUGAUGUGGAACAGGACAAAGGUCUAUCGGAUUAUCGAAUUAGUCGGAGUAACAACAAUUUGGCAUCAAAACCAACAACAUCGAAAUUCUCUGAUGUGUUGUGGAAUAACAAAAAUGAUGAUUCGGACAGCGAAAUAAGCGAUUCGGGCAAUUUUUUGGCCAAAGGUGCAUUUUUGUUAACUCCAUCGCAUGAGUUGUCGUUGGAGCGUGCUGCAUUGAUUUGUGAGAAGAUGAAUUUCAAGGGGUGUUUCUCUCUUACCAAAACAGCCACUGGAAUUUUAUUCAAAUUUUCCCAUCCAGAAGAUUAUCAAGCGGUUUUCAAGAAGGGUUUUCAUAAAGUGACCAAUGCCCGAUUCUAUCGCAAAAUUGCAGUUCCAUGUCGUCCACAAAAAACAUUCACAUUGUUUGUGUUUGACGUUCCGGAAGAUAUUCCAAUCGAAGAUGUGCGACAUUCUCUAUUCCGUUUUAAUUCGGUUGUUGAGGUGGUGCGUUUAAUACUUCAUCCACAAGUGGAACCGGCUCCAGCACCAGGCACAUCAUUUGUUAAAUCACAAAUCCUUAAUAAAGCCAAGGAGCGUGAAGAUGAAGCAAAAGAAAAGGACGCACCACCGGCCCCAAUUCGCAUUACACUGGCUUCACUUGACGAAUACAAUUGUUUAUUGCAAAAUGGAUUAGAUUUUUACGGAGCAACUUUCUUUCCAACCGAAGCAAAUUUGGAAUUAGCCGGUCCCGUUCGCAUUGCAACCAAAAAAGGAAGUCGAAUGGUUGACGGCAACAUUCCGGGCCGAGUUCGGGAAUUAUUGCCGGUAUUCGAUGCAGCGGGAUUCUGAAUGAAUAUUUCAGCAAAAUUCCACCACCAGCCAGCAAAACGAUUAAGCCACGCCUAUGAGCGCGCUGACGACGAUCACAACAUCAACGAUAAAUUAUGACGACGCAAUUAUCAUAAUCAAAUUCCAACUGUCUAACAAAUCCAAUUUUUGAGUCAUUCUUUAAAGUUUUUUUUAUUUGGAGAGGAAACAAUUGAAAUACAAAACCUUUUGUAUUUUCUUUGUUUUGUUUUGAUCUUCGAGCUUGAGAAGAGAACAAAUAUAAUUUUUUAUUCAUAAUCAAAUCUAAUUCAAUUUAAAUGUGCGACAAUUUUACAGUUCAUUAAUUCGCACGGCAUAUUUACUCUACGUUUGUAUCUUUUAUUAUACAAAUUCUUCUUUUCUCUUUCAUUCUCAUUUAGCCUAACAAUGACAACAGUGGCU